AUGUGUGAUGGGCCAAAAAGUGUGCUACAAAUGUGGCAAGUUGGGACACUUUGCCAGGGAGUGCCUGAUAGCUCAAGGCUAGUGUCUGAAGGAAGAGUAUUUGCCCUCAAUAGGGAAGAGGCUCGUAGGUCACCCGAGAUGAUACAAGGUACAAUUAGUGUUAAUGAUUGCCUUGUGCAUGCUAUAUUUGAUUCGGGCGCCAGCCACUCCUAUAUCUCGUAUGAUUAUAUUAGGCACUUAGGGCUUACUAUUGAUGCUUUGCCACAUGAUCUUUAUUUUUCCACCCCUACUGAUGCUAAAGUUUUAACUUCUAGUGUGUGCUUAAAUUGCAUUGCUCGGUAUGCACAUUAUUGCAUUAUGUUUGACCUUAUAUGCAUUCUGUUCUAUGAUAUUGAUGUUAUUAUUGGCUUGACUGGUUAUCUUUGGAUAAUAUACUCUUCAACUAAAAUUUUGUCUUGUGUUUAUGCGGAGCCGUGUUGUACUCUAAGGAAGAGACUGUGGGAAGAUCUUAUUGAUUUUAGCAAAAUCACAACAAAUUCCUGGCUUGUGGUAGGAGAUUUCAAUGCUUACUUAUCUAAAGAAGAUAAAGUGGGAGGCUCUCAACCAAAUAUCACGUCCAUGAAUCAAUUUGGAGAUUGCAUUAGAGAAUCUCAGCUGAUAGAAAUGGAUAGUGUGGGGGACAAGUACACAUGGGAAAGGAAUGUGAUAAAGGAAAGAAUAGACUGGGCUUUUUCAAAUGCUCAAUGGUGUAAUGCGUUUCCUCUUGCUAAAGUCCAUCACUUGCCAAAGUUUGGGUUUGACCAUAGGCCUCUUUUCAUUAAAUGUAGGCCUGAGGGAAUGGGACACCGUUUCAAUCCUCCUUUUAAAUGCCAAGCAGCUUGGGUCUUAGAAACGGACUUCUUAGAUGUGGUUAAAACAGCUUGGGAGAGGGGAGAUUGGUGUGAAAAAGUGAGUCUCUUUACUACCAAUGCUAAACAGUGGAAUUUAGAAAAACUUGGAAGUAUUCCCAAAAAGAAGAAAGGGCUAUUGAAACGGAUAGAAGGAGUGGAAAGAGCACGAAGCAAUAGAGAUAGUCAAUACCUCGCUCAAAUUGAAGGAGAGUUAUGGAGGGAAUACAAUAAAGUGCUUGCGCAAGAGGAGUUGAUGUGGUUUCAGAAAUCUAGAAGCAACUGGCUAAAAUGGGGGGACAAGAACAGUAGUUUCUUCCACACUUCAGCUAUCAUCAGAAGAAAGAGAAACAGAAUAGAAGGCCUUCAAAAUACGCAGGGAGAGUGGGUUUUUGAUCAGUCUAAGCUGAAAAGUAUGGCCAGUUCCUAUUACCGAAAUCUGUUUCAUAGCAAUUUAACUGACAGGGUAUUACUGGAAACGAUAAACACCUUUCCUACCCUGGGUGAGAUUAAUCAACAAAUGCUAGCUCAAGAGGUGGAGGAUAUUGAAAUUAAAGAGGCUUUGUUUGAUAUGGGAGCCUUCAAAGCCCCUGGCCCAGAUGGCAUCCAAGCUUUCUUUUACCACGAGUAUUGGAAUAUUAUUGGUGUUUCUUUAUGUAGUUUGGUGAAGGACAUUUUCAGAGAUCCUUCUAAAAUCAACGAACUCAAUAACACCAACUUGGUUCUCAUACCGAAGGUGGAUAAGCCGACGACUAUGAAGGACUUUAGACCCAUUUCCUUGUGCAAUGUGAGUUAUAAAGUAAUCACAAAGAUUAUUAGCGGAAGGCUCAAGAGUAUCAUGGGGAAAAUAGUAGGGCGUCACCAAUGUAGCUUUAUUGCGGGAAGACAAAGUAGUGACAAUAUAAUAAUUACUCAAGAAGUUAUCCACUCUAUGAAGAGGAAAAAAGGAGGUACAGGAUGGCUAGCAGUCAAAGUUGAUUUAGAAAAAGCCUAUGACAGAUUAGAGUGGGAUUUCAUCAAUGAUACGCUUAAAGCAGUAGGGAUGGAUGAUAAGAUGAGGAACUUGAUCAUGAUGUGUAUCUCGACGGCCUCGUUCCAAGUACUUUAG